AUGGAUAUCUACAAUGCUCCUAUAUCUCCUCUCUUCUUGUUUGAAAAGCAGAUAUCUCCAACGGAGUCUCCAGGUAAUUCCUUACUUCUUAUUCAUUUUCCGUCAAUCUCUUUUCCUUUACUUGCAAUGGCUACUAGAACUUUUUCUCAAAUCGGCGAAUCAUCUGAGACCUUCAUCCAGCAAAACCUUCUCAAGAAUCCCGAGAAGGAGGAAGUAGCUCCCCCUAAUGCAGAAUCAGAAAAAAGAAUCAAAGCAGUUUACCAAUUACCUGCAAGCGACAGGAGUUUUUCCACACAUAUCCCGAGUUCCAGUCAAUACUCAUCGUCCGAAAUGUCUGCAUCAGCCAAGAUCCCUGAAGUUUUCGACCUAGAUGAGCUGGACAGUUAUUCUGACCAGGUCCAGAUCAAGAAAGAACCUAGUCCCAAGGCCACGGCCUCAUCCAAGCCCAGCAGCUCCAAGGCCAUCAUCAUUCCCAAACCUUCGCUAGCUACCAAGCCUCGGAGUUCAAGUUCUCGUAAAAGGAAAGAGCCUGAUUCUCCCGUUAUCUCUGACAUAUUCCCCUAUGAGAAUCACGGGUUCAUUGAAGCAAGUGGAUUUAUGACUUCUUUUCUCAACCAGGGUCUUGAACGUCUGGUUCAUCUAUAUCAAGAAUCCUGUGGGCUCAACAAGACGCUUGAAUCCAAGUUAAAGAAAGCCGAGGUUACCAUCUCCGAUCAGGGCAUGAUUGCAGCCGCCAAGUCUCGGCACUACGAGGAGAAGUUCAAGGCUAUGACCCAAGAACACCAGGCCACCCUCAACAAAGCUGCUCUUCAUGCCCAAGCGGAUCUUGAUGUUGCCCACGCUCAACACAAACGGGAUAUGAUCAGCUACCGGGAAAGCCUUAAAGGUUCUGUCGUCACUUCCCUUCUCCAGGCCAGGCUAAAGAUGGGCCACGAAGCCAAAGCACUAGGCUUCGAAUGCCCUUCUUAGGACAUCGAUGCCUGGGAAAAAAAGGUAAAGAGUCUCGGCGGCACUUCUGCUAAACCUGCAGCUGAAGGAUCUUCAAAGGCAGUCGAAAAACCAACUGAUGCUGAGAAGGAUGCUGAGGCUGAUCCCGAGAUGGAUGCUGCUGAAAAUACCAUGAACGAAGAAGGCGCUGCCUCCUAAAACUUAUUUCCCUCAAAUUUGAGAGUUAUGCUUAUGUUUGAACAACUUUACUUCUUGUCCUUUGAACAGUUUUUAU